CACUUCAUCUGAUCUGAUCACACCACGCAAAGAAAAGACGCAGCACCACCACCAGCACCACCACCAGCACCACAGCGACAUCGCGACGUCACCUCGCCCCAUCACAAUCAUCAGCAUCACCGGCAUCAUAGAUAUGGCCACUACUUCCUCUCCUCCCCUCCCCCCCAGCUCGGGUCAUGGGAUUGUUACUGCUACUCUUGUUGCAGGAGGUGAAAAAUGAAUCUUUCGAUUUCUCUGCUCUGAAAAACCGCGAAAAAUACUGGCACUGAACUGCACUGCACUGGAUUAAACCGAGACUCUACACACGGCUUCUGUCACCUGUGUGCGGGAACCUGCAUCGUGGGAAAAAAGAAAGAAAGACAGCUCUAUUCUCCGUCGAAGCUCUCGCCCGUGUCGUCGCUCCUCCUCCCCGAGCCAGCCAGCCAUGGCUCUCACCACCGGCCCCGGCACCACCACCGGCCUCGUCCCUUUCCGACGUCCCUACUACGCGCCAUGGGGCAUGCCGCUGGGCCUCGAGCGUCCGCGCCUGAGCAUUGACAGGCGGAGUGCACAGCCGCUAUCGCCAGCCGAAUUGUUGCGCCACCUCUUUGCUAUCGAAGCACCGCCGCGAAGGCUUGCCAUUUGCGCUUCUCCUCCGAUCACCGGACGAGGUGGGGAGGGAGAUGUUGGGGAGAAGGAGGAGGAGGUGAAGGCCGUUUGCACUGUUGAGCCUACGGAUGGCGCGACAUCGCCCACGAGGUUCGCCCUCAGCCCACCACUAUCGCUAUCGUUACCGCUACAACUACCGAUGUCGCGAUAUCGAUCGCCGCAACGGCGGGCACGGACAGGUGCACGGCCCACUUCGAUCUCGGCACUUCCUACUCCACCACCAGUACCUCCGGUUAUGGCCAAAGCAUGCAGCGGGGUAGCGGUAUCGUCGUCGGCGUCGGUGACAGUUAUAAUCCGCCUACCCCUCGACCGCAAAACGGCUGUCCUACCAUCACCACCACUACCAUCACUAUCACCAGCUGCGAAACAAUCUUCCUGCUCCUCUAUGGAUACUCCCUCCGCCACCAACGCUGUCGUCCUCGCCUGGGCCGCAAAGGGCUGGCACGUGCCGUCGGGCUCGGUUGCGUGGGACGUGGAGCCAGAGCUGUUGCUCGACAAGAUCUGGGGGAUAUACACCUGCCACCGGCAGCUUCGAGCUCACUCUACAGUCUCGGAGCCGGCGCACUCGACGAAGACGAAGCAGCUCCCGGCUGUCCCUUCCUCGCCUGCAAACGAGACCACUAAGCCAGAAGACCCCACGAUAACGACCAUAACCGCGACCUUCUCACAGCUAACUCUAUCACCAUGCCAGCACGGACACCUAAAGCGGCCUUUGUCACCAACGCAGGCUACACUUCCGUUCCCGCAGCCGCCGCUGCACCGCCGUCGGAUCACCACCGCCCCCUCCUCGCCCACCAAGCCCACCAAGCCUACUACGGAGCUGAUCCUGUUUACCGCCGCAUCCUACCCCUGCUUCCCCCACUCCAGCGCCUGCCCGCCGCUUGCAACAAAAACUACGCUGCUACUCCCGCCCGCACCCGCCCCCGCCGAGAAUUUGCGGAGUCAGCGGCACUUCUGCGGUGACCACGACGACGACAACGAGGAGGGCGUGGAGAUGGAGGAAGUCGAGUUCGCGGGGGUGGAUGAGGAUAUGGAGGGUGAGGAUGGGGAUGCAGGCUGCGGCAGCGACGACUACGAGAAGUUUCCCGAGUGCUGGCGGAAGGGCAUGCGCCGCUGCUGUAGCAGAUACGGCUAUGAGAACUGUCUCGAGGCGGUGCAGGAGAUUGUACUUGAAGAGGAGGCGCAAGACGAUCAUAGUGAUCACGACGACAGCGGGGCAUCAUUCCUCGCCGCGGCCAGCAGCUCCAGCACGUCCACCUCCCCGUCCAAUCAACCACGCACCCCUCCCUCCUCCCCCCCCCGCGACCCGACACACACGCACUACCGCACAGUCUCGACCAGCAGCACAUCGGCGUUCUCGCCGAUCUCGUCGAAAGCCUCGCAACUACUGCUGGAAGCCCAUCCCGCAGCGCUCCCGCGAGAGCGAAGAAGACAUCGCUCGCCGCUCGCGUUUGUCGAGAAGAUUUGGGGGUUUAAGAGAAGGCACUCGGCGGCGGAGGGGGGGAAGGCGGGGAGGGAGGGGCGUGGGUUGAAGAUAUUUAAGAGGGGGAGGGAUUGAUGGGAUGGGAGGGGAAGGGAUGGGAGGGGAGGGGAUGGGAU